AGUAUCCAUAUAGACCCAACCCAACCCAACACUUUUAGCAUUUGUUUGUUAUUUCCUAAAUUACCAUUCUCUCCUUGUAAAAAAUUGAACUUCGAAGCUAAAACCCUAACCAGGUGCUCUGCUUCACUAGACUCAUGUUCUGUUAUACGAGGAACUCAACUAUGUCCUCUCAAUUGGCGAUCUUAGCUCGAACCAGAACCCUCCUCAGAAACCAUACAAAAUCCAUUUCCACUUUCCCUUUCCUCUUUCAAGGGCCCCAGCUCGCCGAGUCUCCCCACUCCGCUCCUUUGCCUCCAAACCCCGCCUAUGGCAGCCCAGCCUUCCGAGAGAAUUUUAGGAACACCAUUCCUAAUCCUUCCUCGCCCACCCAGUCUCUAGUUCCUCUAGGCCAUGCUGGGCAGACCCUACGCCGUGUUCAAUCCCUUUCCCAAACCUUAGAUGCCCCAACACUCAUGAACCAGAUUGCCGAUUUGAUUCCUCAGAAGAGAUGGGCCGAUAUCAAGCAGAUGUUUGAGUUUUGGAUUGAAUCGCUUGAUAGGAAUGGGAAGCCUAAUGUACCAAAUGUUGAUCUCUAUAAUCAUUAUUUACGGGCUAAUCUAAUGCUGGGAGCAAAUGCUGUCGAUAUGCUUACUUUGAUUGAGACGCUGGACAAUUUUGGCAUUCCCCCCAAUACUGCGUCUUACAAUUUAGUUUUGAAGGCUAUGUUUCAGGCCAGGGAAACUCAGGCUGCCAAAGCAUUGUUAGAACGGAUGCUGCAGACAGGAAAGGAAUCCUUGCCUGAUGAUGAGUCAUACGAUUUAGUUAUCGGUAUGCUGUUUUCGACAGACCAGAUUGAUGAUGCCUUAAAGUAUAUAGAUAUGGCUUUAAAAUCUAGUUAUACAUUAUCUUUGGGCAUAUUUUCUGAAUGUCUGAGAAGCUGUGUUUACAAGGGCAAGCUGGACACUUUGGUGUCCAUCAUUGAAAAGUGCAAGACAACCGCUCAGAAUAAAGCUCUCUGUCCAGCCUGGAACUUGUGCAACACUAUUGCCGAAGCUGCAAUCCAAGCAGAUAACAGCAAGUUGGCAUUUUAUGCUUUGGAAUUUAUGGCUAAAUGGAUUGCUCGGGGGGAAACUACAAGGCCCCCUGUGUUGCUUUCUGUAGAUGAAGGGUUGGUAGUGUCUGCACUUUCAACUGCAGGAAGAACCUAUAAUUCAACUCUCUUAGAUGCAUCAUGGGCAAUUCUGAAGCGUUCUUUGCGUGAAAAGAAGGCCCCUAAACCAGAAUCUUAUCUGGGAAAAAUAUAUGCCCAUGCAUCAUUGGGGAAUUUGCAAAAGGCUUUUAGUACUUUGCAUGAAUUUGAGUCUUCUUAUGGAAAUUCUGUAAAAGAUGUAGAAGAAGAUAUGUUCUCUCCAUUUACCUCCUUAUAUCCGUUGGUUGUGGCUUGCUCCAAGAAGGGUUUUGAGACUUUGGAUUCGGUAUAUUUUCAACUUGAGCAAUUGAGCCAUGCAAAUCCACCUUACAAGUCUGUCGCUGCUCUGAAUUGUAUAAUUUUAGGUUGUGCAAAUACAUGGGAUCUUGACCGUGCAUACCAAACAUUUGAGGCUAUAAGUUCUUUUGGAUUGACUCCUAAUAUUCAUUCAUACAAUGCUCUAAUGUAUGCCUUUGGAAAGAUCAAGAAGGUAUACGUUCUCUCAUGGCAGACAUUUGAAGCUUCAAGAGUGUUUGAACACCUAUUGAGUGUGGGUGUUCAACCAAAUGCUAUGUCUUAUUCUUUGCUUGUUGACACUCAUCUUAUCAACCGGCAACCCAAAGCCGCAAUCUCUGUAAUUGAUGAUAUGCUCAAUGCUGGAUUUCAGCCUUCCAAAGAGAUGCUGAAAAAGGUCAGGAGACGGUGUAUCCGAGAGAUGGACUAUGAGAGUGAUGACAAAGUUGAGUCCCUGGCUAAGAAGUUCCAGAUUCGAAUGGGAACUGAGAACAGGAGGAACAUGCUUUUUAAUCUUGACUACAGCACUGAAUAUGUCUUAUAGGCACUCAUCUCUUUUGUCUUGGAAACAUCAAAGAUAAUACUUGCGGCAGUGGGUUUGCAAUAUAGUUUCAUCAUGAAGCUUCUUGUUUGUACAUUAUCUGAUUAUUCUAGGAUUGAGCAUUGGUAAGAGGUAAGUUAGGAUUUGUUUUUCCAUAUUUUCCUGAACUUCUCUUUUUGUAAUAUUUCUGCGACUACAGGAGAAUAAAACCUUUAUCCUGAGGAUUCAUAUGUUGGCCCUCCCAAUAAUUUUAUGUUGCAAUGCGUACGUUAUGCUAGUUUUAAUUCAUUUUUCAUUUGCGAUUUGCUUAUACAACAUUUGUCUGAUUGGAUGGAAUGUUGAUG